AUGGGCCCUGCUAGGGCUCUUGUCUCCUCCUCUUCAUCCCCCACGGCCCUCUUCCCCUUUGCACUGCUCUACUUCCCUCGCAUUCCAAGUAUCCGCCACAGCGCGCAAGCCCCAUUUCCGAACAUGAGCUCUCAGAAAAUUAAAGAGUACGUGAUAUGGGUCGGCGGUCCCACUCUGGUUCUAUUCCUCUUCAUCGUAUGCUUGUGGCAGGCUGGGAACCUGCACGAUUACCUGCGCAAAAAGCGCAAACUUCGAUUGGCGCAAAAAAACAACGAAGACCCCGAGCAGCGGCCCCCCUGCUACCAGUCCCGCAGCUCAACCGCAGUCGGCGCCGAAGCCGGGGGACAAGGCGGCCGAUAA